CCCCCACCCGGUUCCGCAGCCCUCAGGAUUGCUCCUCACUGCAGAGGGCUUUGAGAGGGGAGGGGGCAGUAUACGGAGAGAAAUUCUCUCCGUCCACCAUAUUCAGCAUUGCAGGAAAAUGACCCUGGCUCUUGCUUCCAAGCCAAGAGAAAAAUUUGAGCUGGGAUGGAGAUGCCCAGCUCUUGAGAGCCUAGCAGCCACCCCAGGAGAUCUGAGGAAACCAUGAGGAGGUCUGCUGAAUAGAAGAGGUUUUUCCUUCUGUUGGGGGCGGGGGGGGGGGGGAGGGGGGGUAGCACUGAGUAGAGGUGGUUACAGGUAAAGCGGUUGAAGGUGUCAUUGUGUUUGGCCCAAUAGGAGGGAGUCCUUGUCUGUCUUAGAGCUUCAGAGGCCAGUCCUCCUCCGGCUCCAUCAGGAAGGCUCCCCACCCAGUGUGUCUAUAAUCCCAGCUACUUGGGAAGAUGAGGCAGGAAGUUUGAAAUUUUGAAGGCAGAUGGGACAACUUAAGACCUUGUCUCAAGGGGAAAACGGGGAAGGGGGCAGGGGUACUGGAGGCACUCAGUAGGUAAAGACACUUGAUGCUGGAGCUGGAGAGAUGGCUCAGAAGUUAAGAGGAGUGUCUAUUCUUCCAGAGGUCCUGAGUUCAAUUCCCAGCAACCACAUGGUGGUUCAAUCAUCUGUAAUGAGAUUUGAUUUCCCUUUCUGGCCUGCAGGCAUGCAUGCAGGUAAAACACUUACACAUAAUAAAUAACUCUUAAAAAAAAAUAAAAAGACAGUUGCUGCCAAGCCUGACAACAUGCGUUCAAUCCCCAGAACCCACGUAAAAGUGGAGGGAGAGAACUCCUAUAAGUUGUCCUCUUACCUCCAUAUAUAAGCUAUGGAAAGUGAUCACGAAAAUAAGUAAAUAGAUGUAAAAAUUAGAAAAGAAAGAAAAGGGUGGGAGGAAACUGAGGCCCAGAAAGGCUAAGUUGCUAGGUUACCCAGCUCUUACAUGGUAGACAGGAGCUGGGUAGCCCAGCUCAAGGUUCUAUGUUCAAUGCCCAGUGACUGAUUUAGAACCAAUGCUCAGUCCUGCUUCAUUGCUGACUUCAGCCUGGAGAGAUGAAGUCAAGACAGACACUGCAUCCAGAUGUGCCUGGGCCUUCAUGAGUCCCUCAGCCACACGGUGGACUGGGACAGGGCAGGUGUCAGGGCAGUUUUUAAAAGUUCUCAAACCAUGUAUCUGUUGUAGUUGUUUCCUUUUGGUUUGGUUUGGUUUUUUGAGACAGGGUUUUUCUGUAUACCCCGGGCCGUUCUGGAACUCCCGAUGUAGACCAGGCUCAAACUCACAGACAUCUGCCUGCCAUUGCCUCCUGAGUGCUGGCAUUAAAAGACAAGUAUCACCACCGACAAGUCUGUUGUAGUUUUUAAAGACAAAACAAAACAAAAACUUGAAGAGGUCGAAGAACUCCUUUUUGGAAUGAGUUUUCCCGGUUUGUUACUUUAUAGGCUUCUCCUGAUACCUUCCAAUCGUUCCUCCCUCCACUUAUUGACUAUAAGAAGACACGCCCCUUCUUCCUCAGUCCUUCAAGUAGCUGACAUAGUUUUCUUUGUAUCAGUAAAUUCUUACUUUUCUUUUCUUUAAGUUUGUUUGUUUUUUGUUUGCAUAAUCUUUUUUUUCUUUUUUUUCCCCCCAGGACCGAACCCAGGGCCUUGCGCUUGCUAGGCAAGCGCUCUACCACUGAGCUAAAUCCCCAACCCCUGUUUUUUGAAACAGGGUUUCUCCAUGUAGCCCUAGUUGUCCUGGAAUGAGCUCUCAGACCAAGCUGGUCUGGAUUUCAGAGAUCCACCUGCCUCUGCUUCCCCUGUGCUGGGAUUGAAGACUUGUGCCACCACACCCUGGCAAUUUCUUAUUUUUCACCACAAACAUGAAUGAUAGUGAUAAUAAGGCUGUGCAUCCCAUGAAAUUUCCUGACAAUGAACCUUUUAAACCCCCAUGACUCAUAUAAGUCACAGGCCGGGAACCUAGUAUACCAGCAACAUCUGACUGUCUUCAGGGUUGAAUCCCAUGAUCUCAGCAGGUUGGAGACAAGAAAGUAAACUGUGACUGCCAUACUCAGUGUGUGGGCCUUUGAGGCUCUGGACCUCUUGCUAAGAGGGGGUGUGGGAUUAACAGUUAACUAAAGCCCAAGGGAGGAAUUACUUGUGAGGGAUUUUUCUUGACAGAAUUAUUUGAAAUGGAAGACCUACCUUUAGUCUAGACCAUACCUUCCACUGGCAACCUACAGAAAAAAUUUGGAAGACAUAAGCUUGCUGUUUUUGCCUUCAUGGUCCCCCUGCCCCCCACUCCACCCCCACCCCUCUCUCUCUCUCUCUCUCUCUCUCUCUCUCUCUCUCCCUCUCCCCCUCUCCUCUCCUCUCCUCCCUCUCCUCUCUUCCCUCUCUCUCUGACAGCUCUACUCCUUCACUGGCAUCAAAGACUACUUCUUAAGAAUCUGAAGACCAGGGAUUGGAGAGAUGGCUCAGUGGUUAAGAGCACUGACUGCUCUUCCAGAGGUCCUGAGUUCAAUUCCCAGCAACCACAUGGUGGCUCACAACCAUCUGAAAUGGGAUCUGAUGCCCUCUCUGGUGUGUCUGAAGACAGCUAAAGUGUACUCAAAAUAAAGCUAAAAGAAAAAAUCUGAAGAGCAGAUGCAGCAUUCAGCCUUGUAGAGCAAAUACCUACUGGAUUCUUGGACUAUUUGUUGGUAGACAGCCAUUAUUGAUUGGACUUCUGAACAGCAGUCUCUAAUAAUUCUCCUACAUAUAUGUGUGGCGUGUGGCAUAUGGCGUGUGUGUCCAUUCAUUCUAUCAGUUCUUUUUCUCUAGAGAACCCUGACUAAUACAGUGGGGGAGGUGAAAAAGAUCCCACAAUGGUAAGAGAGGAUAGAAGGAUGCCCUGGGCAUCAACCAGGCAUGCAGGUGCGUAGGUCCUCUAUUGUUCAGGGUUCUCUAGAGGAACAAGAUUUAUAGUGUGUGUGUGUGAGAUAUGUGUGUGUGUGUGUGUGUGUAUGUGCACGCCUGUGUAUAUAUAAUAAAUUCUAAUAAAGUAUAUACACACACGCACACAUAUGUACAGGGAUGACUUACAGGCUGUGGUCCAGCUAAUCCAAUAUGGUGGCAUAUGAAUGGAAAGUCCAAGAACCCAGUAGUUGUUCAGUCCAUGAGUCUGAAUGUCUCAGCUGGUCUUCAGUAUAUACUAGAACCCCAAAGAAGUAGGCUCUGACGCCAGUGAAGAACUGGACUUGGAAGUGGGGGUGAAAACAAGAGAGCAAAGAGAGAGCUUCCUUCGUCUGUGUCCUUUAUAUAGGCUACCAGCAGAAGGUGUGGCCUAGGAUAAAGAUGGGUCUUCCCACCUCAAAAGAUCUGAAUUAAAAGUUUAUCUUCGAACAUCAAGCAUUAAAAGUGGAUCUUCCCACUUCAAAUGAUUUAAUUAAGGAUUAAAAAAAAAAACCCACAGACGUGCCCAGUUGUUUGGGUUUUAGGUUAUUCCAGAUGUAGUCAAGUUGACAGCCAAGAACAACUAUCACGGGGCCUCUGAGAGAAGGCGGGAUGGAGCACAUGGGCAGGUAGCAAAGAGCGAAGUGACUCUGAAAUGCCAGAGGCCCGGGGCUCAGAGCAGAUAACAAAUGGGCUCUUGUUAGGGGGUUGGGGACUACUGAGGUGAUUCAUGACAAGAGGGCUUGAUGAGAGGAGACUCAUAGGGCUGGGGUGGGGCUUAGCGCCAGGGCACUUGCCUGGCAUGCCAAGGUCCCUGGGCUGCAUAUCAGCACAGGGAAGAAGAGAGAACUGCACAGAGCCCGUCAGUUCUCCUUACUGCUUUUCUGAGCUGUCUAGAUAUCUUUUUAAUUUUGCUCUCAUUCUCCUAGAGCAUGUGCUCAAGUGAUUUCCCCCGUCUUUAUGACAGCCUGGGAAUGGAAUGGGACUAUUGGGGUGACCGGGUUGGCUGAAGAAACUGCACUCCAACAAAGGCCAUAAAACCCACGAUUUUCAGAGUCCCCUGUGCCUCAAUUCAAAACAAUCUCUGUCACUCACUCCCCUGUUGUCCUUAGACGCCUCUGCCUGACACUUCUGUCCAAUGGGAGUUAGAACAGACAACACUCAGUGUCUUAGCAAAGACCUCCCUUAGCUGCAGGUGACAGAAACCAACCGAUAGAGAGUGCUGGAGAGGACAAUUCAACCCAACGACCUAACAGGAGCAUUAUGGUUGGCUCAACCGAGAGAAGGGCACACGUUGGAAGUUGUCAAUCCCAGAAUGAGCUAUCUGUAGUUAACCUUGAACUAAUCCACAGUCUAAGCAAGAUCAGGAACACAAGCCUGAUCAACCCAGGGACCCUGAGGGAGAGAGAAAGCCCUAAGUGUAUACAUCAUUUGUUCUGUGGUAUGUUAUUUGUAGGAGUUAUGGGGUUGCCGUAAGGACACAGUCUUCUUGCCGUGCAACCCAACUCCUCAUGUUCAAAUAAGAGUGACACAGCUCCUUAGCUGCCCAACUGUGGCUCCACUGAGGCUUCCUCAUCUGGGCAAAUAAGAAGCAGAAGCAUCCAUCCCUUAAGUUUCUCUGUGAGUAUGAAUUAGGUAAUCUGAAUAGUAAUGCUGCAUACGAUGGCUGGUACCUGGUAAGUAAGUGCUCGGUAAAUAUUAACCUGAACUGAGGAGCAGCUGUAAAUCUCAACAGGUAAACUCUAUGUAAAUGCUACCUAGUAAAAUACCAAGUCAACAGGAAUAAACCUCAGGCAGAUUUUCACAAGCCUGGAGCUGAGAAAGGCAGGCAGAGGACCUGCAACUGUGGACAAGUAACUAAUGUGCAUGGGUAGGGGGCUCAUAUCAUCGGGCCAUCGUUUGUAAUCAAGAAGCAGAUGAAGAGAUUUCUAAAUGAUCCUUUCUCAAUCUUCUGGUAUGUUUGAGUGUUUGUCUCCCAGAGACCUGUAAGAAAGCCAGGGUCAGCAUCGAUGUCCCCAUUAUACAGAUAAAAGAAACUGAGGCCCUGAAGAGUUGUAUGACUACCCACCCAGAAGGACACCACAGGUAAAUCAAGAUCACCAUGUCAGUAGAUCUCCUCAUGAGUGCUACAGAUGGGUAGAAGGUGAUGGGCCUAAAGGGUAAGAUACCCGCCCACACAGGCAAACAAGAACAAAAUCAACGAAAACCACCACCACCUCCACCAACAACACCAACACCAACAACGAAAAACCCAGAGUUCAAGGUUGGCCAGUCCAGGCCACAGCCCCUACAAUAACAAGAGCCCUCACAGGACUUUACAACAGUGUUUCAUGCAGAAUGAAUAAUUACCUGUAAAGGAGGUUUUUGUCCUUCCCAUUGAGCCUAGCAUGAUGGUGCAUGCCUACAGGAGCACCCUUGUCCUUAGACUAACCAUGUCUCUUGUUAGGUCCUUACUGCCAAUAGCACUACAGUGCUUCUUUCAAAGGUUAGCCCUCCCUCUGACCCCCCCAACUAAGGCUAGCCCUCCCCUCUGACCUCUCCCCAAAGCCUGAACACUCGCACAAGGAUCUGGAUAGCAUUCAUGUUUUGGUUGCCAGCCCAGCCCCUAGUGUCUCACCUUUGGGAUGUAGUGGGACCUUUCAGAGAUGGCCCCAGUCAUAGAUGGUGAUCAGGUCAUGAGAGCAUUACCUUCAGAAAGAAACAACGACAGAUCCGACAUCAAAGAAGCUGUGAAGCUUGAUCCCUUCUUUCACUUCCUGACCAUUAGGAAGUAAACUUUUUUAUUAUGUAUUCCCCUUGUGGUGUACACUGCCUCAUCCUAAUUCCAAAAUCAAUAGACCAGCCGAUAAAACCUCGAAAACCUGAGCCUUUUCCUUUUCUGAGUUCAUUAUUAUCUCGGCUUUCUUUCAUCUUUCUUUCAUUGUUUGGUUUGUUUGUUUGUUUGUUUGUUUAAACAGGAUCUCUCUAUGUAGCCCUGACUGUCCUGGAACUUGCUGUGUAGACAAGGCUGGCCUCGAACUCACAGAGACCGUCCUUCCUCUGCUUCCCGAGUGCUAGAAUUAAAGGUAUGUGCCACCAUGCUCAGCUUCAAGUAUUUUGUUACAGUAAUGGAAAACAAAUUAACAACAGGGGUUUUACUCUCUUUUAUACUAUAUUGCUGUCUUUUUGUGAGGCAGGGUCUUCCUGCGUAACCUAGGCUGGCACCAAACCCCAAUGCCUUGGCUAGGUUGUCCUUGGGGUCAUGAUACUCUUGCCUCAACCUCUUGAAUCCUGGAAUUACAGACAUUAAACCUGGCUAUGCCACGGUUUUCUUGCCAACAAAAAAUAGUGUCUUGGGGAGGAGAGGUGACUUAGCGGUUAGGAGAACUGGCUGCUCUUCUAGGGGACCUGGGUUCAAUUUCCAGCACCCACAUGACAGCUCACAGCUAUCUAACUCCAGUCCCAGAGCAACUGAUGUCCUCUGAGUGCUCUGAACGGCCUGCACAGGCACGGCAUGCACGUGGUGCACAUACACAUAAAGUAAAAAUAAAUAAGGCUUUGCCAGGUUGUGGUGGCACACACCUUUACUCCCAGCACUUGGGAGGCAGAGGCAGGAGAAUAUCUGAGUUUAAGGCCUCUGCAGAGGAUAUCCCAGGGUAGUCAGGGCUACAGAGAAAACUUGUCUCAAGAUAAAUAGACAGGUAGAUAGAUAGAUAGAUAGAUAGAUAGAUAGAUAGAUAGAUAGAUAGAUAAUAGAAAGAUAGAAUCUUUAGAUUAUGUCACAAAUAGAAGAUACAAAGUAAAUAUUUGUUGAAAGAACAAGUAUGUGCCAGAUAUAAUGACACACACCUGUGACCUAGUGAUCCCAGCACUUGGGAGGUCGAGGCAAGAAAGUCUUGAAUUUAAGACCAAAUACAUAUUUAUAUCUGACUAGCAGGCCAGGGAAGAGAAACAGAAUAAACCAAACCCCACCUUAUAAACUCCCAUUCCAUCCUGACAUCACCACAGUUUGGCCUGCUUUCCCCCAUAGUUCCAAUCUGUCAGUCGGCAAACAGCGCAAAAGACCCAAGGGUAGAGUGUGUGGGCAAGGUGUUUUUCCUUUUCUUCGAGGAUUAAGGAAGGGCACAGGGGGCUGUGGGCAGCUGAUGAGGCCCUCCCAUCAGUUACUGAUAGCAUCUGGACAGUGGAUGAUGCUUGAUGCUGUCAAUCUGGCAGGGCCUGGAAUCACCUAGAAGACAGCUUCCAGGCACACCGGUGUGCUUAUGUUGAUAAAUUAGUCAAUCCCUGGUCCUUCUUGUGAGGGAUUAUCUUGAUUGGAGAAAGUACCACUUUCAGACUUGGCUCUUGGACUGCAUGAAAAGGGGAAAGUUAACUGAGCUCAAGCAUCCAUUAAGUAUCCUUCAUCCUCUGCUUCCCAGGUAUGGAUACACUGUGCCUCACACUUCUGCCUCCAUGAUGGACUGCAGCCUUGAACUUUGAGUCAAAAUAAACCCUCUCUGCCUUAGCUGCUUCUGUCAGGGUGGUUUGUUGUUUGUUUUGGGGUUUUGUUUUGUUUUGUUUUGUUUUGAGACAGGUUUUCUCUGUGCAGCCCUGGCUAUCCUGGAACUGGCUUUGUAGACCAGGCUGGCCUCGAACUCACAGAGAUCUGCCUGUUUCUGUCUCUUGAGUGCGGAUCUGCACCACCAUGUCCUGCUGUCAGGGUAUUUUAUUACAGCAACAGGAAACGAAACUCAGCUGGGGACUGACAAGACAACUCCCCUGGGACAGGCUAAAGGCAUUACCUGCUUUUUCCCUUGGACCCUCGGAAAACUCUAAAGAGUGAAUACUGCUGCCUGUGCCCUUGGAGAGAAAGCUGGGUCUAGUUUAAGAUGUUCUUAGACGCCCUAGGAUCUGGAGAACAGUGGUACUACGUGCCUUCCUACAUCCAAUAUUCCUACAUCUUGAUCCCAUCGUUAAGAAAACAUGCAGGAGCCCAGUGUUGUGGGUGCACACCUUUAAUCCCAGCACUUGAGAGGCAGAGGCAGGCAGAUCUCUGAGUUCCAGGGCAGCUACAUAGAGAAGUCCUGUCUUGAAAAAAAAAAUGCUAAAAAUCUUUCAAGGUAGUUGGGCAAAUUUAUUGAAAUGGUGUAGACAUUCAGGAGGCUGGGAAUAUGGCUUCAUGGUUAAAAACAUGAGCUGCUCUUCCGGGGGACCUGGGCCCACUUCCCAGACGACAGCUCAUAGUCAUUGGUAACUCCGGUUUCAGGCGAUCCAUCGCCCUCUUCUGGCCUCUGUGGGCACUGCAUGCACAUGGUGCACGGACAUAAACGUAGGCAAAACAAACAAACACAUUAAAUCAAAGUAAAUAAAUCUAAAUACUAUUUUUUAAAGAUUUAUUCAUUUAUUAUAUAUAAGUACACUAUAGCUGUCUUCAGAUACACCAGAAGAGGGCAUCGGACCUCUUUACAGAUGGUUGUGAGCCACCAUGUGGUUACUGGGAAUUGAACUCAGGACCUCUGGAAGAGCAGUCGGUGCUCUUAACCGCUAAGCCAUCUCUCCAGCCCCCUAAAUACUAUUUUUAAAAGGAGUCCAAAACCUAACAAGGGUUCAUUUAUGUAAAUUAAGUGUGAGUCAAAAGUCCUCUUGAAGGGACUGAGGGCUAGUUCACAAGUAGAACUUUUGCCUCACAUGUACAGGGUCCUGCAUUUGACCGUUGAUGUGGAGAAAAGAAAAAUACCCCCUCCUGGCAUCAAGCUCUUUACUGAACAGAGAGAGCAGAAACCUGACCCAGCACCUGCAGAUAGAAGGAAAAUGCCGGCAAUGUGGGUGUGGCCCGCCCUCAGGCUCUCUGGAAAGAACUGUCCAGCACAAGGAAGAUGUAGUUCAUUGCCAGGAGCCCCAAACAUACGGGACACUGCAACAAGCGUAGCACAGUCUGGGUGGUUGAUUCAUAGUGGUACUGAUGGUUCAAAACCAGCUCCUUCCCUUCCUGGUAGCUUUCAGCCCCUCCCAAAACUGUGUUGCUGACUGAGUACUGGGAAGUGAGUGGCUCAGGGACACAGAAGCUGGGGACAGAAUCUGGCUUUGGCUAGGUUUAGGAAAAUAGACACCGAGGCCACAUGACACAGCAAACUCCUCCCCACCACCAUCCGACACCACCCCACACCAUCCACCUCCUUCCCACGCCGGCUCCUGUCCUCCAAGUUUUGGUGACUUAUUUGCAGAAGCGACAGACCUCCUGACUCUCAGCAGACUUUAGUGGAGUGACCGCAUUAAGGGACUCUGCAGCCAUGAAUGAUAGCAGGAAGGACUCUGAUUAACUGAGCCCCCAAAGCCAGGUACCAUGCUAACUGCUUUAAGACUUCCCACUCUGGAGCAGGUGAGAUGGCUCUGCAGUUCAAAGCACUUGCUGCUGCUCUGGAGGGGUCCACAUUUUGUCCAGCACCCUCAUGGCAGCUCACAACUGUCUGUAACUGCAGUUCCAGGAGAUCCAAUACCCUCUUCUCACUUCCUCAGGCACCAAGCCAAUAUGUGACACACACACACAUAUACAUAUACAUGCAGGCAAAUACUUGUGUGUGUGUAUGUGUGUAAAUAUAUAUACAUACAUACAUAUAUACAUACAUACAUAUAUACACACAUACAUAUAUACAUACAUACAUACACACACACACAUAUAUGUAUAUUUUAAAGAAUACCACCCCCUUUGAUCAGGGGCUCAGGCUCUACAAGGGCAGGAGCUAGGUCUCCACCCUGCUGCAUCCUGGGUCUCAAGCAGGGCCUCCCUACAUGGUUUAGUCAUGGUGAAUUCUCUCUGCGGCUUUAUUUUGCCGUCUCUUCAUGCCGACUGUUCUGGCAGGCAGAUAUCUAAUCAUGAUGAUGGUCCCGAGGGACUGGCUUUAUCAUGAUCCCCAUUUUGUAACAGAAGAAACUAAAGACACCGAGAGUUUGAAUGGCUUUCCCAAAGUUCCUAAGCAAAUUCUAGAGCGGAGGCCAAAACGCGCACACGCAGGCAGCCUAACUCUAACGCAUGCCCUUGACCUCUGUGUGGAUUCAGGAUCAGGGAAUGUGUUUAGUUCUGGGGUUGUCUGGUUGGUUGGCCUCUUUUGCUGUUGGAUUGUUUUGUUUUGUUGAGGCAGGAUUCCCACCCUGUAGCCCAAACUGACCUUGAACUUGUGGCAAACCUCUCGUCUCAACCUCUCAAGCACCGAGUCUACGUGCCUCCCGCAAUGCCUAGGUAUAACUCUAACGUGGGUUGUUUUUACAGUUUAAUCAGCUGAAGCUUUGAGAGAAAUUAAAUGGUUGGAUCCAAGCAGAGCCAGGAUUUGAACCAGUACAAUCAGAUUACAUGCUCUGAAAGAACACUUGACUUUUCCCAAAACCUAGCCCAAGCUUUCUCUGUAGAUACCUUCAAUAACCACUUUUUAGGUGCACUGGUUGGACCAGGGUUUCAUGUGGCACAAUCUGUCCUCAAAUUUGCUGUGUAGCCAAAAAUGACCUUGAAUUUGUAAUCUUCCUACCUCUGCCUCCUGAAUUCUGGGAUUCCAGACCUGCACCACCACAGCCAGCUUCACAGAUAUUUGGAGUCAGAGUCUUGCCCAAGCCUGACAGCCAGUAACCAUCAAAGUAAAAAUGACCUUUUUACCCCCCGCCCCGCUGCCAGCCUGUACCCUAAAAUCAACCAGGGUUUCCAAUUCUCAGGGUAUCUGGUUCUUAGCUAAUGCUGGUCCAUCCCUCCCUCCACCUGUAGCCUCUGGCAAGGGUGUUUCUCAGACAGUCAGAAGCUACACUUGCUUGUAACCUCCUGAGACAGAGUGGUCACUGUCACCUCAGGACUGGGAACUGGCAGCUUUGAAAAUGGGGAUUAGUCAAGAGAUUUUUCAUCUACAUCUCCUGGCAAGAGCCAACUUCGUCACUCACUCUCCGUUCUUCAUCACUCACAUCCUUCCCCGUUGGCUGGCAUAGGGCUCAUCAUGGCUGUCUCACAAGUCAGAGAUAUGACAGAUGCCAUUAGCAUAACAUUCCUACCCAUCCUCCACCAGCAGGCUGGCGAGGAGAGGAGACUGAGAGAGGAGGCAAGAGGUCAAAAGACAAUUCAAUUCUCUCUCUCUCUCUCUCUCAUUUUUCUAAUAGACAGGGUUUCUCUGUGUAGCCCUGACUGUUCUGGAACUUGCUUUGCAGACCAGACUGGCCUCAGACUCAGAGAUCUGCCUGCCUCUGCCUCCUGAGUGCUGGGACUAAAGUAUACCACCACCAGCUAGCUAGAAAGAACAGUUUCUAACUUUGAAAAUUGGAGGCUGUCUGACCUUUGCAGCUCUCUAGCUAAAGUCUUGGGGAACCCAAGUUUCUGUCUCCACAGAAAGGAGGCAUAAAUUCCUCUGCCAGGUCAGCAUGCCACUUAGCACAGCCCCAGGAGCUCUGUUUGCAAUAUUGUCUAGUUAUGUAAGUGGUGCUACUUAGAACUCGAUUCCACAGAACCCAGAGGGAAAGAUGCCUUGACAUUGCAGAUCCCUGCUAAGCUGACUUCCACACAUGGUAAGCCAUGUGUUUGGGGAGAUAAAUGUGAUCCCAGAAUUUGGAAAAUGGAGGAUCAGGAGUUCAAGUCCAACCCUGAAUACAUCAAGGAACCGGAGACCAUGAGGAUACAUGAGCUCCAUCUCAAAGCAACAGCAAAGCCUUCCACAAAAUCAAAAUCCAAACCAAACACGUGCCCUGACAGGGAUGUGGUAGGGACCAGAUACUGUGCCAAGAGGCUGGGAAGGUGUUUAUGCACAGCAGACAUGGCCACAUAAAGGGCUGGAACAUAAUGCCCUUGGCUGCCAUACAUCUCCCAGGUACCGUCUGCCUAAUUCUAGCUCUCGUGUACCACACCAGCGUGAGGAGAGGAAGGGGACGACAUACGUCAAAGCAGCCCUGUUAGCAAGGCCUCACUGUGUUUUCUUUUGUUACUUUUGUGUGUGUGCAUGAAUUCACAUGUGCAUUCCUCAUGUAUGUGCGGAUGGGCAUGUGUGUGAGUAUAUGCAUAUGCACACAGAGAACAGAGAAUAACCCAGGGUGUUCUCUCUCCAGGGACCCUGUCUUUAUUUUGGUUUUGGUUUGUUUGUUUGUUUGUUUGUUUAGAUGGAGUCUCUCCCAGGGGGCCACUGAUUAAGCUGGACUGGAAGUUUGGUUUCUUUUCCUAUCGUUGGGAUAAACACUCUGACAAAAGCAGCUUAAUACAGAAAGAGUUUAUUCUGCAUCGAGUUUCCGAAGUGCAGUGUGUCUCUGCGGAGAAUUCAGGAUGGCAGGAGCUUGAAGCAUCUGGUGAUAUGGAGUCCAAAGUCAGGGGGCAGAGAGCAAUGGACGGGUGUUGCUGCUUAGUGCCUUGCCCUUUUAUUUUAUUUAAGUUUUAUGUAUAUGUAUGCAUACAUGCACACAUUAUAUCUAUAUAUAAUCUAUAUCAUAUCUAAUCUAUAUCUAUAUUUCCAUCAUCUUCACCUCCACCUCCACCGCCAUCUCUAUCUUAUAUGUACGUCAGUACCCAAGGGAGCCAGAAGAGGGCACUGAAUCCCCUGAACUGGAGUUACUGACAGUUGUUGUCACCAAUGUGGAUGCUGGCAGUCACACUCAGGUCCUCUGGGAAGAACAAUAAGUUCUCUUAACUGCUCAGUCCAGCCUUCUUACUUAUAGAGUCUAGGAUCUCAGCCAAGACACAAUAUCCCUCAAAAUGGGAGUGUCCCUCCACCGAGACAAGUACAAUCAAGAUCAUUUUCCAGGACUUGAAGAGCUGACUCGGCGGUUAAGAUCAAUCGCUACUUUCACAGAUAACCCGAGUUUGGUUCCCAACAUUCACAUCCGGCAGUUCACAACUGCCCACGACUCUGGCUCAAAGGGAUCUGAUGCAGUCUUCUGGCCUUGAGGGGCAGCUGCAUUCGCAUAUGGCAUACACAUACAUAGAUACACAUGCAUGAAAUCAAGCACAUACACACAAAUAAGAAAUAUUUUUAAGGCUGGAGAGAUGGCUCAGCAGUUUAGAGCACUGACUGCUCUUCCAGAGGCCCUGAGUUCAAAUCCCAGCAACCACAUAGUGGCUCACAACCAUGCCCUCUUCUGGUGUGUCUGAAGACAGCUACAGUGUAUAUAUAAUAAAUAAGAUUUUUUUUAAAAAAGAAAUAUUUUUAGAAGAUGAUUCUCCAUAUACAUGCUUAGUGGUCUAUCUCCUAAUCUCCCUGGUGGUUCUAGAUUCUGUUAAAUGGCAGUUGUGACAACUGUCACAGCAGGCCAGCACCAGCAAGGCCUGGAGAUCUGCCUGUGCCUGUCCUCCUUCCAACACUGAGUUUACAGUUAAGGGCUGCCAUGCCCAACUUUUUCCCUGGGUGCUAGGAGUUGAACUCAGUUCCUCAUGCUUACACAGCAAGUGCUUUCCCAACUGAGCUAUGUCCUCAGCUCCUGGUUUGAUUUUGUUUUGUUUUUGAGAACAAGGCCUUAGGUAGUUCAGGCUGGCCUUGAGCUCUCUGUGUACCCUAAAGAUGAUCUCGAACUCCGUUUCUCCUGUCUCUGCCUCCUGGGGCUGCCAAACCCAGCUCAACAAAGCCUAAUUUCCACACCUUUUUUUGGUGUCUCUUCCAGCUCAGUCUAUCCCUAAAGAGGCCACAGAGAAUACCAGACAACAGAGGAGGCAGGUCUCCGAGCCUUGCUGGUGUGAGCCUGCUGUGACAGUUGUCACAGCUGCCAUUUAACAGAAUCUAGAACCACCUGGGAGAUAGACCACUAAGCAUGUCAGCCAACAGAGGAGGGUUAGGAGGGUUCCAUUUCUUUGGAGGUUUGCAGCUGACAAGCCAAGUUGUUCCAAAUGAAAUCUCCUGUCAGUCUGAUUUCCCAUUCUCCUCAAAGCAGCUGACUCUGUCCUUACCUUCCUCCUGAACGUGUCUUUAGGUCAAAGAACCAUCCACUAAAACUCAUCUUUUCUGGUGAUGGUGGCAUGAGCCUUUGAACCCAGUACUAAGGAGGCAGAAGUAGGCAGAUCUCUGUGAGUUCAAAGCCAGCCUAGCCUACCGCUUGAGUUUCAGACAGCCAGAACUACACAGAGAAACCCCGCCUCAAAAACAACAAAAAUGAAAACAAAAACAAAGUAAACCAAAACAAACAACAAAAGAAAAACAAAAAACAACCCCACCCCAUCAUAUGUUCUAUACAGUGGAUAGAGAAACCCCCGAUUUACUAAGAUGAUCUCCAGUUCUGGUAAGGUGACAAGGAGCUAAAUCGAAGGUCUACAGUGUGUCUGGGACGCAUGUUCUCCUUGGCUAGUGACACUUGGGCCAUGCUCCGGGUCUGAGACCUGAAGCAAGAAUUUUUUUAAAAACCACUCUACAGGUAUAUCUCCCAGCCUGCCUGAGUUGCUUCUCAUCACACUUCCGCUGGCACCACCGACUGCCCUUCCGAAGCUCCUGGAGAGGGAGGUGGUCAAAGAGGCCCCAGCACUGGGAAAAGAGGCUCCUUUUUAGUUACUCUCUGCUCCCUUCUUCUGCACCGGCGAUCACAGUUUCACACCCUGCCUUGUCUUGCUGGUUUGCUGCAGAAGCCCAGCCUUCUGCUCCAAGCUACUAGGUACCUGAUACUUACUAACAGAAUAACUGUUAGAUUGAGUAUAACCUUCCAGACAAGCACUUCAGGCUCAUUCUGUGGAGAUGCUCAGAAAGACAUAGUUGGAUUGUCAAGUUGGCCCCCAGAUGAAAUCCCAGCCCUCAGGAGGAGAAUAUUGAAUUUGGGAACAGCUCGAACUGUAUAGAGGUCCUGUCUUAAAACACCAGGAAGAAAGAGGGGGGUGGGAGUAAGGAGGAUUAGAUAAGGAGGGAAGGAAGACCCCAUAUUUGUUAUCAAACAAAACCCUCACCUUUUCUCUUUCCCACGAGGGCUUGAUCCUAACCCUGAUCCCUUUAACGCAGGCCAGUAUUUAUUGAACAGCUCUUCUGAACUGAACACAAUGUCCCAUGCUGGAGAGACAAGCCCUACCCACACAUCUAAGGCCCUUGCUGUGUUCUCAUUCCCACCACUCAGUUCAGGGCCCUCCAGCCUUCCUUGUCCCGUGUCUGUCUAUUUGAGGCUGCUGAGUUAAGAGAGGGGAGAGGUCUCCUAGUUUUGCAGACCAUCCCCAUCCCCCUAACCCUACCCCAGGGAUCUGUCCCAGCUAACCUUGGCACUGGUCCCAGUCAGGUUAUACAACUCAGAGCCCCUAUCCACUGUGUCCCCUGGAACAACUCCAAACCUGGCUGUUUCACCUUUGUCCCUGCAAGAGCACCCUGCAGAGCCCACCACACUUGGGCCUGCAGCGCCCUGGCCCCUCGGUACCGGUGGCGGCGGGAGCUGCCAGCUUUUUGGAAUUCCUAAUCGCUCCUGGCCCCGGUGAUUGGCUGUUCAGCUCUGACCCCACUUGGGCUGCCGCCUGGUUGGAUAAAAAGGGAAUCUCCUUGGGGCUCCAGAGCAUUAGACACCGGAGGGGGCACCUGGGACCAACUUCACGAAGCGGGGAGCCCGGCGGGGGGGGCUUGGGGGAGCAAAAGACCCGCGGCCUCAGCCCCUCCAAAGAACCGGGAGAUGACGGGGAAAGCGGGGGAAGCGCUGAGCAAGCCUAAAUCCGAGACAGUGGCCAAGAGUACCUCGGGGGGUGCCCCGGCCAGGUGCACAGGGUUCGGCAUCCAGGAGAUCCUAGGCUUGAACAAGGAGCCUCCCAGCUCCCACCCGCGGGCUGCCCUGGACGGCCUGGCCCCCGGGCAUUUGUUAGCUGCGCGCUCUGUUCUCAGCCCCGCAGGAGUGGGCAGCAUGGGGCUGCUGGGGCCCGGAGGGCUUCCCGGCUUCUACGCACAGCCCACCUUCCUGGAAGUGCUGUCCGAUCCGCAGAGCGUCCACUUGCAGCCACUAGGCAGAGCGUCGGGGCCGCUGGACACCAGCCAGACGGCCAGCUCCGAUUCCGAAGAUGUUUCCUCCAGUGACCGAAAAAUGUCCAAAUCGGCUUUAAACCAGACCAAGAAACGUAAGAAGCGGCGACACAGGACAAUCUUUACUUCCUACCAGCUAGAGGAGCUGGAGAAGGCAUUCAAUGAAGCCCACUACCCAGAUGUCUACGCCCGGGAGAUGCUGGCCAUGAAAACGGAGCUACCAGAAGACAGGAUACAGGUGUGGUUCCAGAACCGCAGAGCCAAAUGGAGGAAGAGGGAGAAGUGCUGGGGCCGGAGCAGCGUCAUGGCUGAGUACGGCCUCUAUGGAGCCAUGGUGAGGCACUCCAUCCCCCUGCCAGAGUCCAUCCUCAAGUCGGCCAAGGACGGCAUCAUGGAUUCCUGCGCCCCUUGGCUACUGGUUCAAGAUGGCUUUCCCAGGCGCUUUUCUAAACCCGAAUACCAACAAUUCUUUUUAGGGAUGCACAAAAAGUCGCUGGAGGCAGCAGCCGAGUCCGGAAGGAAGCCCGAGGUGGAACGCCAGGUCCUGCCCAAACUCGACAAGAUGGAGCAGGAGGAAAGGGCCCCGGAUGCUCAGGCAGCCAUCUCCCAGGAAGAACUGAGGGAGAACAGCAUUGCGGCCCUCCGAGCCAAAGCUCAGGAGCACAGCACCAAGGUUCUGGGGACUGUAUCCGGGCCUGACGGCCUAGCCAGGAAUGCUGAGAAGCCAGAAGAGGAGGAAGCCAUGGACGAAGACAGGCCAGCAGAGAAGCUCAGCCCACCGCAGCUGGAGGACAUGGCUUAGGUUAAGGGCUGCAGGCCUUAAGACUGCUCUUCUCGGGUCCUGUGGUGUGGGGAGUUCUCUCUGAGGCAGGGCCAUGUCUGGCUUCUGCUGCACCUCCCCACACCUCAGGCCCUCGACUACCCCACCACUCUAGGCACAGGCCAGUUCUGGCGUAGCUUUGGACCAUGCUGAGAUAUCCUGGACCUACUCCUGAUCCAGCAUCCUCAUCCUCAGCCCAGCUCCCCUGCCUCCAAAGCCUUCUUGCUACUCCAACAUCGAGGUCCUGCCAUUUCAUCCCUGAGAGACUCUUGUCCAAGCCUAACCCUUAUUCUCUGCUCUCUAAGCCUCCUUCUCAGCUCAGCCCCACUCGUGCACUCCAGCUCACAGCCUGGCAGAGCUGUGAUUGGAUUGAGGACAUGCACACCAGCUCCGGUGUCCUGAGCACCCCAGUACUGGGCAGACAGGCCUUUCCCUCGUCACCUGUUCCUUCUCACAGACCUGCGUCCUGCUGUGUGAAUGCAUUGCUCCACGUGUGACCGCUGCAUUCUCUGCCCUACCUAAAGACUAACAGGGCAAGUCUGUCUGAGUCCUUCUGCAAACCUGUCUCAUGCUACGCUGUGGGUCAUCCUCAAGCCUUUUCUGUACCCAGCCUGCCCUAUAGGUUCCUCCUUUGCAGAGGUGGGCUCACCACAUUGCCAGUGUCUAGGCCCUGCACCCUGAGGGUGGGGGCCCUUCUCAGCAAUGCUGUGUCUUGCUGUGCUGCUGGUGAGCCUUCGCCCAGAGCUUUUGCAGGCCAGGGCCUGUGUUCCUGAAGCGUUUUGACCUUUCUGCCUAUGAUGUUGACUUGCUGGUUAAAGCUUCCUUUCUCUAGAGCUUCUUGUAGCCCAGUGGUUCUCAAGCUUCCUAAUGCUGUGACCCUUUAAUACCGUUCCUCAUGCUGUGGUGACCACUCCCACCCCCUAACCUCAAAUUUAUUUCCUUGCUACUUCAUAACUGUAAUUUUACUACUGUUGUGAAUCACAAUGUAAAUAUCUGAUAUGCAGAAUAUCUGACUAUGUGACUCCCGCAAAGGGUCAUGACCCACAGGUUGAGAAUUGCUGUUGUAGCCAAUUGGUUCACAUGUGCCUGCUUUGGAGAAAACCAGUGCAGCUCGAAAGCCACAGACAUGGCCUCACGCUGACCUAGGCAGUCCUAAAAGGCUAAUCUAUCUAAAUCAGACCUGCACUGUCUACACACACACACACACACACACACACACACACACACACACACACACACGAUGAAUAACAAGAAAGGUACAGGGAAAGCUCAAAGGACGACAAGGCAGGUAGCUAAUGAAAAACCCAGACUAAGCUCCAGACACUCCUAGCUCCAUGACAGUUGUAUGCCCAGAAACAUGGAGCAUGUCCAGAGAAGGAGCCAUGUUGGACUGAAAGACUUCUGCCUGCAAAGGAGUGGAGCUGUCCAUCCUGGUGGCCCAUCUGCAGAUGUCCCUUCCACCUGACUUUACACUUGUACUGGGGGGGCGGGGUACCCGGCCUUAUGGAAUCCUCUGCUUCCAGAUCCCCAGGCCAACCACAAGAAUCCCUUCAUUCUGUGAAACUAGGCACUCCACCCACCAUUUUAGGGGCCGCCUCACAAGAGAGGCGUGAGGCAGUGAGUGGUGGUUUUAAAUCUGUUUUGACAGUUGAGUUCUUCUUUCGUUCUGUUCAUAGAAUUCUCCACUUCCCAGUUCUUGUCUUCUUCGGGUUGAGAUGUUAGACCGUAGUUCUGCUGUGUAAAUAGUGUAUAUAACGUGAGAAGGAAGAGACUGGAUAUCGAGGUGUUUGAAACACUGAAGUGUCAGAACUUUUAGGUAUCUGAAGCAUAAUUUCUGUGCUGUUUUCUGUAAAGACACAAGCAAGAAUAAAAUUCAUGCAAAGACUGCUGGACGUGGACCCAGGAGCUCUCUCUAGGUGGGGUCAAUAGCUUACGUGUGUGGACAGGUGGCAUAAAAAGUAAACCCACGGGUUGGGGAUUUAGCUCAGUGGUAGAGCACUUGCCUAGCAAGCGCAAGGCCCUGGGUUCGGUCCUCAGCUCCAGAAAAAAAAAAAAAGUAAAUCCACAAAGAUUUUUUUAGGCUCCAAUUAGGCUCCCUCUUCCGACAUUACUCCAGACUUUGGCUAGGCACAGUGGCACACACCUUUAAUCCCAGGACUUGUGAAGCAGAUGCAGGCGGAGUUCUAUGUCAACUUGGCCUACAUAGCAAGUUUCAGGACAGUUAGGACGACAUAAAGAGACUCUGUUUCAAAAAAAAGCAAAACAAAUUCCUGCAGACUUUAAGGACUAACUGGCUUGUCUCUCAAUGCUGAGUUCAUACCACAUUUACUGUGGAAACAUUCUGUAUUGCAAGGCCGAGUCUGCAUUUCUGGAGCUCUUCCCUAUAAACCCCUGCUAGUUCCCACACAGAAAGAAAACAUCCUUUCCCUCUAGUACAUCUUCCUAAUCAAGCCUGUUUCUCUGGAGAUGCCGGUGGUCCACAGCCUCUCUUCAUUUCGUACACACCGUGUGCUCCUAAGUCUCACCUUCAACCCCCACAACAGCAGAUAGAAAAGGUAAAUGUGUCAGGUGAUGCUAACGCUGACUCAGCCAUUGAAAGUGCCUGCUGCUCAACUCGACGGUCCAGAGUUCACAAAUCAGCACCCACAUAACAAGCCAGAUACCUGUGACUCCCGCUCUGAGAGAUUUUGACUCUCUCUUCCGGCCUCUGUGCUCAAAGGGCUUUACACACACACACACACACACACACACACACACACACACACACACUGAAAGGAGAGGAGUGAAGAAGAGC